AUGGCCGAUCAAGCCGACACCGUGGAGCUUAGCGAUGAGGUCCAAGAAACGUUUGUUCUUCACAACCGAUCAUUUCAGCGAUAUGCCAUCGACAACAACACCUAUUUCGUUCCCGUUGACGAGGAUGAAACCCUUCGAUUGCGGAUCCAACAUGGCGUCUUGACUAUGAUGUUCGACAAUAGACUCAUUUUCCCGCCUCUUGACUCACCGAGACGCGUCCUUGAUUGCGGAUUUGGGACAGGAGAGUGGGCUCUCCAAGUAGCCUGGGAGCACUCUAGAUGCGAGGUCCGAGGUAUCGAUAUAACGCCGCACCACCACAACCCCGAGGAAGGCUUAGAGAAUCUAUACCUCGACAUCGACGAUCUCAAUAUGUCACUUCAAUUUCCUUCGAACCAUUUCGAUCUCAUCAACAGCAGGCUGGUAGCAGGCGGAAUCAACAGCGAGCGAUGGACCGAAUAUAUCCGCGAUAUACUCCGGUGCCUUCGCCCGGGCGGCUGGGUUCAAAUGGUUGAAAUUGAUUUUAAUGCGCAGUCAGAUAAUGGUGCUCUAACGGAUAACUCGGCUCUUCGGCAGUGGUCGCAGACCUAUCUCUUUGCGAUGGAGCAGUGCAAGAACCCGAGGGCUCCUCGCCGGCUUGGAAGCUGGCUUAGACACGCUGGCUUCACGGACGUAGAUGAGCGCAUGAUCCCACUGCCAAUGUGUGCCUGGUCGGAUAAUCAAAGAGAGUAUGAUAUUGGAGCCGCAAACCAGGAAAAUAUCCGAAUGUUGUUGUCGUCCCAAGCGAUAUACCCUUUCACCCACUAUCUUAGUAUGUCAAUUACUGAAUUUCACGUUUUGGUGGCAAAGGCGAGAGCGGAAGCUGCCAACCCAGCGCUUAAGGUAUAA